AUGCCGGGAGGAUCUAGGAGGCCGCAUCGCAAGACUCGCAGUGGGUGUUUAGGAUGUAAGGCACGGCGAAUAAAGUGCGACGAAGUAAAACCCUCCUGCGGAACCUGCACCCGCUACUCCUCCCCCUGCACUUUUCCCGCCCGCCUCUCCACCCCGCAAAACUCCACCUCCUCGCGCUCACCCUCUCUCAUCCCGCAUUCCCACAUCACCCCACUCCCCCACUCCCCGCAACCAAGCUUCACAAACCCCGCCUCAAACACCGCCUUCAACACCCAACACCUCGAGCUCCUCCACUUGUACACCACAACCACAGUCUACACCUUCACCACGUUGCCCGCCCGGGCACAAAUCUACCAACACAUCGUCCCCCAGCUCGCCUUCCGACACCCCUUCCUCCUCAGCGGGAUCCUGGCUCUCUCCGCCCUGCACCUCUCGCACCUCCACCCCGCACGCAAAGACCAACUGCAUCGCGAUGCAGUCGAGUACCACGAUGUCGCCCUGAAGGGCUUCAAGCAAGAGCUGGGGAGUAUCACGAAGGAGAAUUGCGAGGCGUUGUAUGUGUUUAGCACGUUUCUGGUCGUGUGCGCCUGGGCUGGGAGUGAGGGGAAGGGGAAUCUGUUUUUUAGUGAUGGGGAGGGGGAGGGGGCGGAGGGACAGGAGGGAGGCACGGCGGAGUGGGUGAAUUUGUUGAGGGGGAGUCGGACGUUGGCGAGGGAUUGCUAUGAGUGGGUGAUGGACGGGCCUGUGAGGACCUUUAUACAGCUGUACAACGACCAACCCAAGUUUUUCGACCUGCCCGAGGAGGAUGCCGCGAGGUUUUCGGCGCUGGAGACGCUUUGGGGUCCCGAAAGCGCCUUCACCCCCGCCGAAAAAGAAGCCCUCUCAGAAGCCCUCCGACACCUCAAAGAAAUCUACGCAAUGUACUUCUCCCCUCCCCAUCCCCAUCCCCGCUUCCUCCGUUUUUGGAUAUUGACGAAAAGGAAAAGGCUCCUCCACUACGGCGCCACCUCGCAGAAGCUCUGCACAAUAGCCAUGACGAUCGCCUGGUCGACCAUCACGCCCGACACCUACAUCUCGCUCGUGUCGCAGCGCUGCCCGGAAGCGCUGGUCCUGCUCGCGCACUACUGCCUCCUGCUGUCGAAGAUCGAUAACGUGUGGUGGCUGAAGGGGAUCAGUCGGCAUUUGCUGCGGAGCGUGUGUCGGAUGAUUGGGAGGGUUGGGGAUGCUGGGGAUGGAGGGGAGAGCGGUGGGGACAAGUGGGAGAGUUGGAUUAGCUGGCCGUUGCAGGAGUUGGUAUUGACGGAGUUUAGGGGCGAGGAGGUGGAGAGGAAGUAUGGGUUGAUGAGGGAGGAGAAUCGCUUGAGGGUUGGGGCUAAUACUGGGUGA